AUGGUCCUGAUCAAAAGAGUCGCCUCCUUGUCUGGAGUUUCGAGUCGGGGAAGCAUCUUUAGCUUCAAGCGUUUUCAUCGUUUUCGCAAGAUACUACAAGACAUGAAAGCCCAGCUCACCGCUCAAGAGACCGCAAACCGUGAGGACGCCUUCAAAAAAGUACGAAAUGCCUUGGAAGCCGAUGAUUACUGGACGGCUGCGUUGGAGAUGUCUCGCUUCGAAAAGUUGCAUGGUCGCUUGAACAACGUCGAGAUGCAUUGGUUGGUAAAUUAUCAAAAUCACAUUCACGAGCAGCUGAAGAACCACGUUCGAGAGGCAGUGGUUGUUUCGAUGGAUCAAGCUCGUGGGGAUUUUCGCGAUUGGUUAAAUCUUGGAAUUCCAGUUGAAGUUGUAGCGGCGCAAAGCGAGAAAGCCCAUCGAAAUUCUGUGGAGAUCCAAACACACUUGCUGGGAAUCAAAUCGUGGACUCGUCGAGCAGGCUUCUUAUCGGUGAUCAUUAAGAAGGGCAAGCAAGAGGAAUCUAUCUGGAAAUGA